CAGUAAAUCGAGAGAAGAAGAAGAGUACUCUUUCUUCUUCCGGGUUAAGACUUUCUCUGGCGUGGUUUUGGAGUUUAGUUGAGUUUAGCACAUAAAUUACAUGUGUUAAUAAAAUUAGUUAAAGAAGAUGAGUUCUCAAAAAGGUAACGUGUCUCGGUCGCGCGGCCAGAAGCACCAAAACAAAUCUGCAUUCAGAAACGACAUGUACGGAGCAACUGUACAAGUAAAGAAGGCAAACUCAAAGAUCCACGAUGGGCUCUGUCAACACUGUAAGGGUGUUCUUGAGUGGAAAGUGAAAUACAAAAAAUACAAGCCACUAACACAGGCCAAGAAAUGUGUCAAGUGUUCUCAGAAAGCUGUGAAGGAUGCGUAUCACAUCAUUUGUAAGCCCUGUUCCCUUCAGCUCGAGAUCUGCUGCAAAUGUGGAAAGAAAGACGAUAUCGUUAUUCCAAUAAACUCACAGGAGGAGGAGAAAGAGACAGACGAAGAUGGAGAACAGAGAAAGAAAAGAGGUGGACUAAAGAAGGAAGACAUUGCUGACUUGGACAGUGAUGAUGAUUUUGGUGAUGAUGAUGACUUAAGUGACUUUGGAGAUGAUGAUGAAGGAGAGGAUAUCAAAAGUGACCCAAAGAAGACACAGAAAAAGUGUGAAGUGCUCCCAGAUGUGGCUCGAGUCAAAUUUGCAGACUGAAGACAUUGAUAUAAGUUUUGUUACCCAAUGGACUAUUUUAUUUUACAUUUUCACAAAGCAAGUUUCUGAUCCAGUACAGCAUGCAGUUUGAGAUGUCAUUAUCCUCAAAAGAACCAAUGUGAAUCAACUACUUUUUACUGGUUAAAUUCAUAACAUGGGAGAAAAGUUUAUUUUAUGUUAAGUAAACAAAAACCUACCAAAUAAUUUAGAAUAACUGAUCACUUGUAUAUACUUUUUCAUUUAAGAUUCUGGGGGUUUCAAGUCAAGAAAGAUCAUUGGACCACAUAGUUGACUGUACAUUAAAGUCUCCGUUCAUGAACAAUGCCAGCUUGAUGUUAAUGUUCAUUAAACCUUUAAACUAUGUUUGCAUUAAGUUAAGAUAUCCAAUUGGCCCAUUCAUUGUACAAUGCUUGAACAAAGCCUUGUAAUAACAGCAACCUUUACCAGAAAGGAGAAGUGGAGACGUUGGAUAUCAAUCAGUAAAGGACUCUGAGAUUUUGAUACUGUCAGCACACCUAGUUGCCAUUUUAUCCGGCACUCUCAGCUGAAAGUAGUUCAUCUCAAUAUAACUGCCUCUCAAUAAAUCUUACCCUAUAA